UUUUCCUUUUGUGGGGUUGAGAAUCCGUAUUCCAUUCUCUGCAAAUCUUUUACUCAUAAUGGUGUUGUUUUUUAUCUGUACAGGAUUAACAAACCUUUUUGUAAACCCUCGAAAGAAGAUUUCUUGAUGCAAAUCAGAGGCUUGGAACUUCAUGCAAACUUUGUUCUUUUAAUAAAUAUCCAGUUUUCAAGACAACAAAAAGAGAAGGUUAGUUAACAACGAGAGAAGGUUAGUUAACAACGAGAGAAGGUUAGUUAAAAUGCGUUCCAAAGCAAUUGCAUUUAGAGUUCGAAUUCGAAAGCAAGUGCAACAGCAUAUAUAAAUAGGCGUAGUGGGAGUGAACUACAAAGUACGCGUAAAAGAGAGAAGAACGUAAAUCAAAAUAUGUCUCUGCAGGUACAAUCGCAGGGUACAAAAUAUGAGCUGACACCUUCAAUAAGAAGAUUGGAUUAUUUCUGGGAUGCCGCCAACUUGGCGGUAAUAAUUCUGGAGCAUAUUUGUGUAUUAGCUGCUCCAUUCCAUUUUACUUGGAAUGCAUUGUGGGUUUGUGUCAUAUUAAGUAUCCUAACUGGACCUAUAGGGGUUGGUCUUUGUUUCCACAGAAGCCUUUGUCACAAAAGUCUUAAGCUCACAAAAUCACUUGAAUAUUUGUUUGCUUAUUUCGGACUUCAUGCUGGACAGGGAGACCCAAUAUUUUGGGUAAGCAUUCAUCGGUGUCACCAUCAGUUUGUGGAUUCCGUCAAAGACCCACAUAGCCCAAUCGAAGGAUUUUGGUUCAGCUACAUUAACUGGAUUUUUCAUCACUCCUAUCUAAAGGAAAAGUUAGGAAAACGAAACAAUGUAAUGGAUUUACGAAAGCAAGCCUACUACAGGUUUCUUCGGAAAACAAUAUCGCUUCAUCUAGUUGGACUGGGACUGUUGCUGUACUUUGCUGGAGGCUUGCCCCACCUUAUUUAUGGAAUGGGUGUUAGAAUGGCAUACUCACACCAUGGGACGUUCAUCAUCAAUUCAGUAUGCCAUACAUGGGGUAACAGACCAUAUAACACCAAAGAUUUAUCCACGAACAAUUGGUUGAUGAACCUAUUAAAUUUAAGUGGAGAAGGCUGGCACAAUAACCAUCACGCCUUUGAAUUCUCGGCUCGGUUAGGGCUGGAAUGGUGGCAGCUCGACUUUCCUUGGUAUGUUAUAAAGCUACUUGAGAGCCUUGGGUUAGCAACAGACGUCAAAGUCCCUACGGAACAUCAGAAACUAGAAAUGUCUUUUAAAAACCAAUAAAUGAAUUUCAUUAAAGUCCUACCGGUAUUAUGUGUAUGUAUCGAUAUCAUUAAUAAAUUACUUGGUGUGGUGUGGUGUGCUGUGUUCCUGUUUUAAAUAAGUUAAGGCGGAGGAUUACCGCUCUUUAGACUAGUGCGAUUUGGCUUUCUUUGGCUUAUAUUGUAAACUAUAUAUGCAGCUAUGCGUAUGUUUUAUGGUCAUGGUAUAAUGGGUUUGCACUGAAUGUCAUUAAUCCUCAUCAUGCAGCUAUUCUGAAUUUUACGG